GCGGGGCGGGGCGGUGCACCGCCGGCGGGGUAAUCAGUCGCACCGAGACGGCGCCCCGAAGUGCAUGUGCGUUCGGACGCGCGCCGCUCCUACCGCGAAACUCCCGGCAACAACCCACCAGGCACCAUGGUCUCCAUGGGCGCGUGGCGGCGGCGCUCCCCCGACGACUGCGAGGAGCGCUCCGAGCCCGGCACCUCCGGCUCCGGCGUGCCGCGGGCCCCCCCCAACUGCGCCCGCUGCCGGAACCAUCGCCUCAAAAUAGAGCUAAAGGGUCACAAGCGCUACUGCAAGUAUCGCUACUGCAACUGCGAGAAAUGUCGGCUCACGGCGGACCGGCAGCGGGUGAUGGCAUUGCAGACGGCAUUGAGGCGUGCCCAGGCGCAGGACGAGGCUCGGGCGCGGGCUGCGCUGGAAACCGGUAUCCAGCCCGGCGUCGAACUGGAGCGCCCCGAGCCGCCGGUGGUCAAGUCACCGAGGAGUCCCGUGAUACCCGCCCCGCCACGCUCCCUGGGCUCGCCGAGGAGCGACUCGGUGCCGGAAUCCCCGGGAGUCUCGCCGUAUGCCCUCCAGCCGCCCUCGGCUCCUCCCCAGCCGGUCAUGACGCCGGUGUCGCCGCCGCAGCAGCCCGCGGUGUCCCUAGAAUCCCUAGUAGAAAAUUGUCAUAAGCUGUUAGAAAAGUUCCACUACUCGUGGGAGAUGAUGCCCCUAGUGCUGGUCAUCCUCAACUACGCGGGCAGCAACAUAGAAGAGGCCUCGCGGAAAAUUGAUGAAGCACAGUACGUGGUGCGGCAUUGGCAGCUGCCUCUGUACGAGCGCUCGCUGUGCUCGCUGUUGGAGCUGCAGGCGCGCAAGCGCUCGUACAACAUGUACUGCUCACCCCGGUACCUGUUCGCGCAGGAGUACCCGCCAGAGUACCUCCUGCCGCUGUCACACCCCGCGCUCCACUCGCCGCCGCCUGCGCACUUGUAGCGAUGCGUUGCUGCGCCGCGUCAGGUGGCGCACGACCCCACCGAUGCCCCGUCGACUUCGGGGGAGGCCGACCCCUAGCGCCGGGGUGGGGCGGACCGUAGCCAUUAGAUCUGUAUACAUGUAUAUAACUUACGCUAUCGUUACAUAAGUAGGACCAUUGAGAAGCCAACGAAGGCCGGAAUCUGUCACCUAUUUGGAUUUAAACUACAUUACACACGAGCGUUUUGUGAGUUGAAAGUAGCGAUUGAAUGCAGCAUGAAAUUCGGCUGCAUUCACACGAGCGUAAUUUUGUAAGUUAAGAUUAGUAUGAAAAUUAUUUUGGGGGUUAAUUCUGCGACUCGUGACUCGCAAAAUUACUCUCGUGUGGCUUCACCCUAACUAAAAUAGUUAUUAAGUCAACAGUGGUAAAGGUUUUGUACAUAUUUUAUUGUUUAAGUUACCACAGUCAGUUAAAUCCGCUUUCGGAUUUGUGGUCGCGCUCAAUGUUUGGUAAAUGAGUCAAUUUCUAGACAGAUCUAGACCUAUAUGGCUAUGGUGAAACAGAGUCAAGAAGGUAUACUUCCAACAUGAUAUUUACAAACAAAAUGUUUGUUAUUUCCCAGGCUGUGUAUGUGGAUAAGGACACAAUAUGUUUUCUUAUUUUCUUGUUGUUGUGUAAAAAUAGUUUUUAUCGAACGAGUCUUUGUAAAAGUUUAGGUUAUUAAGUAGGUACUUAUUAAGAAUUUGUUGUUUUUUUAAUACACACGUCGUGUUUUCAUGUACAUUUAAAACUGGGUUUGUUUUUAUGUUCAUUAUAUUAUAUUGUUUUAUCCCGUAUUCUGCGUUAGGUCCGUGCAAUACAAUUUAAAAUACUGUUACUAUCAGAUCCUCAUUGUCUGGAAAGAUAAACUUGGUGGUAAAAUAUUAAGAGUUCUUUCAGAAAAACGUACAAGGAAAAUACGCGUAAAAGAAGAAAUAGGCAUAUGGCCUAGCCAAGUUCUAAGAUAAUGGAACUGGGUGAUAUAUUAAAACAAAAAAUGACUUGUGCCUACUAAAAUAGGGAAAAAUAUGUAGUUUUAAUUCAGAGUUCUCGUUUAGAAUUUUAUGUUUACUAAUGUAUUCAAUACAAAUAGCACGAUACUAUAAUGAAUACUGAUUGCAAAGAGGGUGGUAGUGUAAGGACGCAACCGUAGGGCGGAGCGAGGCCGCCCAAGCCACGAAACUUCCGUCCCGACUUCUCUGUCCCGACGGCUUAUUAUAUAUUACAUCGAUUUAUUUUAACAAUAUUAAUGCAUAAAGUAAAUACUAAGAGUUGCGAAUGUUUUCACUUGUUACUUUGUCUUGAUAAUUGUACGUCAUGUCUUUAAUGCUAAGUACUCACAUACGGUUUUACUCGAUCGAGCAAUCACGUCUCACAAUUCGUACACAUGCUUGAGUAACUCAAGCGUGUUUGCUAGAUUAAUGCUGAACUUGUGGACGAAAGCCCAAGCCGUCGAUUUUACUCUACGUGAUUGAUCGAUCGAGUAAAAUCGUAUAUGAGAACUUAGCAUAAGGUUUUUCAGCCCAAAAAUUAAAUUUAUUGGAAAUCUUUUUCCCUCUUUUGAAAAGAGAUUUACUUUUCGAAGUUCGUCUUUAAUGUUACGACGUCAGUCCAAAUAAUAACUGGUAAUUACAAAUAAUACAAUACAAAUAAUUUGUUUCCAGAAAAAUACAAUAUUAUACAACUUCAGAUUAAGACAAAUCCCCACACUAGGCAUAGCCUGUCCUGUGGGGCCAGUAGCAGUAAUUAUAUUCGAAAUAUAAAAAAAGAGAAUCAUUAUAACAUAAUCGUUCGACUAGUGUCUCAUACUUAUUUUCAAAUGUAGUAGUCGUAAUAAUAAUAUGUAGAUAUUACACGUCCCAAAUUUAAAAAUAAAAUAUGUAUUUUGAAGAUUUAAAACAAGAGUAGGUACCUUAAAUAUCUUAGGUAGUGUAUUAAAAACAAUCUCCAUCCCUUAAUCCCGUUUUCCAAAUUAAACCUAUCCGUCGAUAUUUUACCAAUGAGUGAUAAUGAUAAUUGAAAUUUUGAUCUCAAUUGAAUUAGAAAUUAAAUUAAAAAAUAUAUAUUAUAAAACUUCAGCAAUAUCAUCCAAAGGAAAAUCUUUAUUAUAA